ACCGCCGAGCUGCAUGCUCGCGUGAAUGGGACAGUGGAAUAUGUAGGCGGAUCGAACCUUCAGAAGAAUUCACUGAGAUCCUCGGAAAGCAGCCAGAGGCAUUUCUUGGGCGCCACUUCAAGCUGGAAGCGUAUGAGGGCAUUUUCUUUGGGUUAUGGCAGGAUAGUUCAAAGGUUCCUGCUACUGCGGAGACUAUUUUUUCUCAGGCUGUGCAUUCGUUGCCCAUGCUACUCGCAACACGCAUCGAGGCACGCAAGUAUGAGCGCUUGGGGAAACGAUUUGAUGCAAUCUUGAAGAUGAUGCCACAAGCAGUAGUAUUUGUAGAUGAUGAAUUCGGUCAAGUUCUGAUUAACCCUGCUGCAGCUUCUUUACUUGGGCUACCAAAUCAUGGCGAAGUGGAGCCAUCUAGAGUUGCUGGCACCAUGAAGAGGUUGGCUGCUAGUAGUGGCGGUCAACGGACUGAUCCUCAGAAGUGGUACAAGGCAUUCACGGGAGUGGAAGAGCCUCAAGAAAUCGAGGAAGAGUGGGUCUUGAAACCGCGUCGGGUUCUCCAUGUGCGAUCAUUCCCUGUCAGCAGCAGCUCCGCCCAUGGCCGGUUAUGGCUGUACGAAGAUGUCACAACUGAUCGAGAUGCUUGUGAGGCCAUCGAAGCGGCCAAUCGAGCCAAGUCACAGUUGCUUGCCAUGAUGAGUCAUGAGCUUCGCACACCCAUGACCGGUGUGCUUGGGAUGGUCGAUCUCCUGCACUUGACAAAACUGGUGCCUCAGCAGCAGGAACUUGUCAAAAUCAUGCAGGAAUUAGCUGAGGGCCUUCUGCAAGUCAUCAACAAUAUCCUGGAUUUCUGCAAGAUGGAAGCCGGACGACUUUUUCUUGAAGAGAUCGACUUCUCUCUGAGUGAUCUCAUCGAGCAAGUUGCAACAUUGCAUGAGAAAAUAUCGUAAGAGAAAGGCCUAAAGUUUGUUAUCGAAGGAACAACAGGUACUGCUGUUGCUCUCCUUGGAGAUCCUGUUCGCCUCCGGCAGAUUAUGGUAAAUCUGGUAAGCAAUGCAGUAAAGUUCACCGAGAAGGGUACUAUCACACUGUCAUGGCGCUACGUUUCUGGUUUUCCUCCUAACGAUCAGAAAACUCCUGCUUCCAUUCCAUCUGAAGCUAGGAUGAAACGGACUGCAAGUGGCAAUCUUCGAUUCAAUUAUCAGCCUCCUGUGUCAUCUUUGGCAGACCAAAUGGUAGCAACAGGGACACUUCGCUCAAAGCCAGUGGAAGAGAAAAAAGAGAAGACACUCUUUUUGGAGGUCAAAGUCGCUGAUACAGGUUCUGGCAUCGCGGUUGAGCAGCUUGAAACUUUAUUUGCAGCCACACAAGCUGGGGCACCCAGAAGAGACGCCUCUGGAACGGGACUCGGACUGGCAAUUUGCAAGGGUUUGCUUGAGUUGAUGAAGGGAAAGAUGCUGCCUGUGGUAAGUGAGGUGGGUAAAGGCACCUCAAUUACUUUCGUACUACCUCUUCUGCUUGCUGAAGACGCUAGCAAGGUUCUCUUGGAAGGUUCUUCUACUGAUAAACCCUCUGCGAAGCCAUCCUUGCCACCACCUGAGGCAGAAUGUGCUAAAGGAGAGACAAAGUUGAUUAGUGUGUUGGUUGCGGAAGACAACAAGGUUAAACAGCUUUUGAUACGGAAAUCUUCAGCUCUGUGCUUAGGUCACAUGGGGUAUAUCAUUGAGGACUGAAAGACCAUGGGAAGCUUUCCGAUAAGUGGCUCUAUUGAAGUUACUUCACUUCUUAAAUAUGGUGGAGCCACAAUGGAUUAGCACAAAUAGAAAUUUUCAUCUCAGAGGCCAAAAAUGAGCUAAUUUCGCUGGUGCAAAUGGGCAUCCUAACAAUAGGGAGAGCUUGAAGAACCGCAGCAUCUGUGCUGUACAUAAUGGAGACUAGUUCGUAUUUUCAGCAUUCUCAGGUUCAGUUGGAGUUGGAGAAUGUAUCAUCACAUCACAGACCUUGUCUUUGAUACCACCCCUAUAUUCCGGUUGUGAGCUUUCGAUGAGUCAUUGUUGGAUGUCGAAAAUAGCGCUUCUGCAUGCUUGAGAGUAGAAGCGUCGAACAUUUUUAUAGGGAAUUACGAGAGUAUUCAAUCCUCCUUAGCACAGAAGCAAAGGUAUCUGCUUGUGAGUUUACCCAAAUUAUUCAAUCCAGGACGUGUCUUGAACUUCCAAAGCAAUAGAUCAUAACAUCUGGGUUGUGUUAAGUGCUCAGUGCCUCACCCAGUAGUGUUGAAUCAGGCCCUUCCAAUUCAUGGCUUGCGCUUCUUUGAAGGAAGUCUUUAACCUGACUUACACCGGGAUGUUUGGAGGUCUUACAUUUAUUGUUGGUCUUUGGAUAUUAAUCAUCAACAGUCUCGGAAGUACGCAACUUGUAAGUAUUCUAUCGAAGUCAAUUAUUGAGUCAAAUGAAAAUACAAAAUACUUGCACAU